GGCAGCCAAGCUUCGUGGAGCAACAUGACCUAUUCCGACACAGCAUGUACUCCGCCUCAUGCCGCCAUGCGGGAGGCUUCGAAUGCUUCUGGAGUACAAGCGCGUCGUUCUCGGGCAGUUCGCGGUAUUAAUCGUACCUCUAGGACAGCGUUCAUGGCACUUGCUAUCAAAUCUUCUCCCGUAGUGGCAACAUACACCCUCUAACUUCAGAAGAUGUCGCGGAUACACUGGCUCACACCAAUGUUAAUGACAGGUGCUGUUCUUCUUGGGCUCCUGUUCGCAUUGGGACAUCACUUCUUCUACGCAAGCCUCCACGGAACUGAGGCACCUUCCGUUUCCGACGAGUAUCACCUUUUCGGAGCCAGUUUCUCUGAACAACAGACGAACACCGCCAUUGGGACGGCCUUUGCCUUCCUCGUCCGAGCAUGCUUGAUUUUCGGGAUAUCGCUGGCAUAUUUACAGGCCGUGCUCUGGUCUGCAGCGCGAGAAAACAAAAGAGGGGUCACCGUGGCUCAUUUGGACGUGCUUAUGUCGGCGCUUGGUAAUCUGCUGGCUCUGGGAACAUUGUCGGUGUGGGUGCGAAGGCCUGUGUUGCUUCUGAUCGCAGUCAUGGCAUGGCUGAUACCCAUUGCUUCGAUCGUGACACCAGCCACUCUAUCAAUCGGGACGCAUACAGCCCCCUCAGAGUUCCGACCUGUUCCGCAAAUCGCGUUCAACAGUCUCAACCUGCUGGCUGAGAUGCCAUAUGUGGCGCCGAUGGAGGUGCGACUCGAUUGUGCGUACCGUACCUGUGACUAUCGUGACUACCUCCCGCGCGGGACCGAGGCAGACUACGUUUACUCGGGACCUAGCAACGCUGUACGCAGAUUAGCACUAGCUACUGCUGCGCAAGGAGGGAUUCUCAACAUUAAAGCUCCUGCUCCGAAUUCUAGCUGGAUGCUAGAAUUUCCUGCCCCGGCUCUCCAGUGUGGAGCCGUGGACAGGAUAUUUGCUCGCGCCAUACAGCAAAACAUUCUCGAUUACACUCUUGUCGAAAAAAACUGCUCGGCUGGCCCGGGAUUUCUGAGCUGGAGACCUGCGCUCCUGCCCGCAUCGCCACAGCCCAUAAUCCAGAUGCUUCCAUAUCUCGAGACUUUGAUCAAUGGAUCACAUGUGUCGAAUAGUGAUCUCUCCACGGAGCGCGAUCCUGCUUCAACGUUAUUCUUCAUCGCUACCACACCUUCUCUUAUGGCAAUGAACUCUAGCGAGGCAUCGCAAAACCCUCGAGUCUGCCACCCAACCGGACCUAUCAACCUAAUAGAAACAUUUUUUGGUCCUGAUGCAUCGCCCCCGUCUACGAUCUUGGAAUGCGAUCUCCACAAUUCAACGUACCACGCCGAAUUCUCGUACGUUAAUGGCGUACAGCAAGUUCGCGUGGUGGUAUCUGAUAUCUCCCCUAUGCCUCUAACCAGCCAGUCGAAAGUUCGAAGUCUUUGGAAGAAUUCUUCUCUUUAUCAAGAUGAUCUCAUGUCACAGCCCUGCGAUUAUUUCGCCGACUAUGAAUCAACAGCAACAACCUGUGAAUUCGAUACGACUCUCCUUCAAACGUUGUCCUACCAGGCCAUUUUCAACGCCUUUGCAGAGCUACUUAUCGGUUCAGUGCAAUGGGAUAGCAACUACAAAUCGGGCAGGGGCCUCAGCACGGACUCCAAAGUCAUCAGCACCGUUCUGACCACGGCACCAGAACUGGCCUGGAUGGACGAUUUCAACAUGGCGAGUAAAAAUGGCGACAUGCUACUGCAAGACGUUCAACCUGUAUGGAAAGGCGGAGAGGUCUCGAAAUUUGCGGGGUGGAAGAAUAGAAGAAAUGCCACAAGUGAGGUUCCGCUACAUAGAAUGUUGGAGGAAUUGUUUGUCAAUGUGACAAUCAGCUUGAUGAGCCAGGAAUCCCUGCAGUACAAUAAGUCCUCGCCGUUCUAUCCUCCGCCCACCAACGUCACCUUUUCCAUGCGCACAAAUAUCUACGUCUACCCAGCCUUCAAGCUUUGGCUCGCAUACGGCCUCGCAAUUGGCGUUACAGCACUCAUUGUGUGCUAUGGCCUUGCGGCAAUCAUCAUAAAUGAUGCGUCAUUUAGUUAUCAAUUCUCGACACUACUGAGGUUGUCCAGAGGCGCGGAGUUAAGUGGAGAAGUCAAGCAAGAGGAUUUGGAUGGCAAAGAUCCUUUGCCGAGGUACCUGAAGGAACUGAACGUGAGGUUCUGGAGUGAGAAGAGAGAAGAACAGUGCAUGGAGGAGGAGAAACUGGCGGGAAGUGAGGUGGUUGAUGGAGAGGCUGACCAAAUUGAGUCGGCGAGGUUUGGUGACGAGGUGCAUGAAACUGGAGGAGCGGAUCGGGAGAGGUCUGUAUCUCGGUGA